AUGGACAGCAUGGACUUCGCUACAAUCCCUGCGGUACCUCAGGGUGGAUACCCGUUCGCCAUACCUUUCUUCCUCCACAUCCAGCACGUUCAGUAUCAAGAACCUGACCAUCAAGCGCCCCAUAUCUCGGCUCCAGACUUUUACUGGCGGCCAUCCUUGGGAGGCCGCUUUGUGCCUAAAAGUUCAUCAGGAUGGUGGAUCUGGGAUCCCGAACAGGUCCCAGGAGCGGUGGUCAACCAAGCGUGCCUGCGUCGCCCGACGGCCGAAGAAACUGCACGACGCCGUUGGCACAGGACGAGUACUCUGGUCUGGGACCCCGAGCGUCACGGGUACAUCCAUGCUCCUAUUGAUUGUACUACUACCCACUUUGACGAUGAAACAUGGCGGCGACUCGGGUUUUCCCGACGUCUGGACUCUCAGCAGGAUGAUCUGGCGAUCAUUGGCCAUGACGGAGAAGGCUAUCGACUGCAUCUCCCAGGACCAGAUGAUUGGUUUGAGCAGCUGCUACCAGACGUCUGCGAGGCACAGAUGGACGGUCAACCGACCUGUAAGUUGGCCGGGUAUCUUAGUAUCCUCAUAGGCCUCCUCGCCUUUGGGGUUGAGCCACAUAUGGACUGGGAGGUGAUCCACCAGUCUUUCAGACGGGACAUCUCUUCGACGCAGUUUCUGCCCCAUGAUCUGGAUCAAGGUUUGAGACACAUGAAACGCUCUAUGGUCAUCGAGAUCGGAUAUGAUCCCACCCUAGUAUCAACCGACUUGCUGAAGAGAUGGGAAGCAGGCGACUUUGGCGAGAUCUUCAGCUAA